CGAUAAUUCAUCAUACUUUUAGUGUUCAAUAUUAUUGAUAUUUGAUGCAAUUUAUUACCAUCAUUUUAAAAUAUUUAGAAAGAGGUAGAAAAUUAAUUCCUCACGUAGCCAAUAAAAUCACAGUAUGUGAUGUUACGUCAUUUUCCCGCGAAAGUGGCACGUGGGACAUGAUACAUGUCUAUGCAUGGCAUACACUUUGCUAAAUGUUUGUGUACUUUGAUUGAUGUGCCAAUUAAGUCAAUGCAGUAAAUUAACACAAACUUGCAGAAUAUGUUCCAUGUGAACUGUCAAUGUUUUUAAGUCGGCCGAAUGUUGCUGUGUCGAUCUAUGGUGGCAUUUUGUCAAAGAAAAAUCUGUUUUCCUUGGCAUUAAAGAUGAGUUCCAAGACAGCAUCAGCAUCACCUUAUUUUCAAGAUGUGAAAAGGUUGACAAGAUCUCAAGCCAAACUCAUUCUUGGAAGUCAAGAUCAACCAUCGGUGGUUUCAUCUUCAAGAACUAGUGCUACCGAAACGAGAAAACCCCAAAUCUCAAAAUUAAAGAGGCCACACGUACCAGUGAGAUAUGAAUCCAGAACAACAAGCCGCCCACCUCCGAAAAAAGUUCUUUCAAACUCUGCAAAGCCCUCAAAGCCCAGAAAGGCAACACUUAAAUUUGACCCUGAAGCAGACAUGAAGACAGAUGAUGCAAAUGCGGACAAGCAAAAAGAUGAAGAUUUCAAGGAAAAGAGCCAAGCAAAAGGAUGGGAACCGGUCCGCUGGAAGGAGACGCUGGAUUUCAUCAGGGAAAUGAGGAAGGAGAAAGAUGCUCCCGUUGACUCCAUGGGAGCAGAGAAGAUAGGCGACCAUGAUGCAGCACCGGAGGUGUUUCGCUACCAUGUGCUGCUCUCCUUGCUCCUGUCCAGUCAGACUAAAGACCAGGUGACCUCGGCCGCCAUGAUGGCUCUCAGGAAUCACGGAUGCACGGUGGACAACAUCCUCAAGACGUCGGAUCAAAAGAUUGGAGAGCUCAUCUAUCCCGUCGGCUUUUGGAAAAAAAAGAUUGAUUACAUUAAGCGCACCAGCCAAGUCCUGAAGGACAAAUACAACGGAGACAUCCCAGCCACGCUGGAGGGACUGGUCAAACUGCCUGGCAUCGGACCCAAGAUGGCACACAUCAUCAUGGACGUGGGCUGGAACAAAGUGACGGGGAUCGGGGUGGAUACCCACGUCCACCGCAUCACCAACAGGCUGAAGUGGGUGAAGAAACCCACGACGGUGCCGGAGGACACGCGCAAAGGGCUGGAGGACUGGCUACCAAGGGAGUUGUGGAGUGAGGUCAACGUACUUCUGGUCGGUUUUGGCCAACAGACUUGUCUGCCAGUCAACCCAAGAUGCUCCGAGUGUCUCUGCAAAGACUUAUGCCCCUAUGGGAGGUCAGCGCUGAGAUACGGGAGCCCUAAGAGGAAAGAGGCAAGCCCUAAGAAGAAAUAGUCUGGAGAGAUUCGUCAGGGAAUAGUGCGAGAUAAUAGUACUCUCAGCCCCAUGCCAUUUGAUUAGUUCUUAUUUCAUUCUUGUUGCUCAACCGGGGCAGCCACAAGAGACUCGUAGUAGGGUAGUGGAGGAACUUCAUCUCAAUAUUCAUCUUAAGAAGCCUUUAAUAUGAGGGCUGAAAAAUAGGAGAAACUUGGAAUUGCCAAACAAGUGAAUGCAAAAUUAAUAUUUGUGAGGCGAUCAAGCUAAAUGAGUCGUUGUCGACCCUGGUCAAUUUUUUUUUUUUUUUACAGAUUUGAAAAGAGCACAAUCUCAGCAUUACUGCUGUGAAAACCGCAUGCUGGUACCAUCUGUAGUUCAAAAAUUAUGGAAGUCGGAACACCAAGAGUUGUGAUGAAGUGAUGUGAUGAAGUGGCCCUAGUGUGGCCUGAAUCUCCCAAUGAACGUUCCCGACAAACAACUCAUUUAGCUCAAUCGCAUCACAUUUGUUGAUCUUGAUGCGACUUUCGGGCUACUUGCCUAGUUUAGCAUCAUAAAGGUUUUUCUUUACAAUUGAUGGAAGUGCAGGUGAUCUCGAAGUAACGCUCUGUCCUAAAUGGGCAGUUUUUUCUAUAUUAAAGGUUUUUCACUGCAAUGUGGUGUAUAAGCAUAAAAAACAUAGCCAAAAUUCCAGUCGGUUGACCUUCAACAUUUCCUUGUGUGAAAAAAAACAGAAGGUUUCGAUAAGCCUGGCUCUGUCAGGUGCCACCAAGAUGACCGAAAGACAGAAGCUUCGCAACACCUUAUGCAUCCAAAUGAAAUCCAAGAUGGCUGCUAUGAUUGGAUUCAUUGGUUACCAGCACAUGUUCAAUUGACAACUCAUUAUCAGCUGGUAGUUUGUUAUGCAGCUUAAUCUUAACUUGGGACACGUAAAAUUCAGGAAAAGAAAAAAAGCUGAGCAACGGUUACGCUUUAGAAACUUGCACUUUUUAUUUAAUUAAACAAAGAUUAUGUACACCCAUUAACUUAUUCCAUCAGCUUUUAAAACAAACAAUGCAUCCAUUACAGAAACGUAACUCCAUUUUUGCACUUCCUAUUUUUGAUAAAUGAAAACUUAACUUUGCUAAUCCUUUUUCUUAACAGGAGUAUAAAAAGUCACAAACUUGUAUUCUACUUUGUAAUAAAAAAAAACGAUCAUCAAA